AUGAGCGGCCUGCGGGGCUCUCUGGGGCCGGCCCGGCCGGGCUGGGUGUGGGGGGCGGCGGCGCUGCUGGCGCUGGGCGCCCUGCUCGGAGCCUGGCGCUGGGCCGGGCGGCGCCGCCGCCGCCGCCUGCAGCGGGUCGGGACGGUGCUGAGGCUCUUCGUGUACCCGGUGAAGUCGUGCAAGGGGGUGUCGGUGCGGCGGGCGCAGGUGACGCCCAUGGGGCUGCGCAGCGGGGACAUGCGGGACAGGUUCUGGCUGGUGAUCACGGAGGAUGGGCACAUGGUCACGGCUCGCCAGGAGCCGCGGCUCGUCCUCGUUUCUGUCGGCUGUGACAACGGGCACUUGACCUUCGAGGCCCCAGACAUGGAGAAGCUGUGCUUGCCUGUGAAUGUCCCCAGGAAAAACCCCGUCCACAACUGCAGGGUGUUUGGACAGGAUAUCCAAGGCAGGGACUGUGGUGAUGAAGUGGCUCAGUGGAUCACCACUUUCCUGAAAUCACAGCCCUAUCGACUGGUGCACUUUGAGCCCUCCAUGGUGCCAAGAAAGUCAAAGAAUACAAUAAACCUUUUCCGAAGCACUGAUGAGGUAAAUAAAUGUUCUUUUUCUCAGAAGUACUUCCUUUUAACCAUUUCCCACCCACCUACCAAAACUUGCCUAUUCCACCAUUGCCUUUGGCACAAGAGUAGAACUAACCCUUGCAAUACUGCAGUCCACCACUGCAUCUCUGACAAUGUUCUGGACACAUGGGAGGAUAUUCUUAUUGGUGAUGUGGAGAUGAAAGGGACCGUAUGUUGUGGCAGGUGUAUUUUAACAACUGUUAACCCAGACACUGGAGUCUUGGACAGGAAGGAGCCUUUGGAGACAUUGAAAAGUUACCGCCUUUGUGAUCCAUCCGAGCGACACAUCUACAAAACCAGCCCUCUCUUUGGGAAAUACUUUGCUGUUGACAAAACUGGAACGAUUCAAGUUGGAGACCCUGUGUACAAGAUGAUCUGGGAAUGAAAGAGACUUUGAUCAGAAGAUGCUUUUUCUCCUUUGUACACAAAUUGUUUCCCCGUGAACACAGUCACCAACAUAACCUUUUCUUAUUCCUUGCAAUAUUUUUAGUGCCAUGUCCCUUUGUAAGGUGCAGGGGGGUCUAUGAGGCUAUGAAAUGCCAGUCAUUUCAGAUCAUGUAAUCUACUAGCAUUCCUGUAGCAACCACAUCUUUAGUUUUUCUGGAGGCUGUGAGAGAAGAAACUGAUCCAAGACAGACUUCACAGCACUACUGUGAGCAUCACACCUCCUAAAAUUUCAUGUCAACCUUAAUAUUGGAAUCUGAAAUUACGUGCAAGGGUUUGCAUCGUGUAUUAGAUACAUUUAGUGCCUAUAAAGAACCACAAAAACAGUCAUGCCAAGCACAAAGUAUGUUGGUCACAGAGCUGCCUUUACAAGUGAACAUGGAGUGGAAAUGGCAGGACUGUCUUGGAUUCCACCCUUCUUUGGUCCUAAUCAUCUUACCCAUCUGUAGGAAUCUGAUAAUUAUAUUUUCUACUGCAUAAAACAAAUAGAGGAGGAAAGUAUUUGGAUUAUGGCAGUAUUAUCUUUUCUUUAAUUGUUACGUGAUUUUUUUUCUUUUAAAAAGGAACUCCAAGAUAAAAACCAGCCAUCUUUCAAAUGCUUAUUUGUUUCAAAAGCUUGUUCCUUUGUUAUGAAUUACUAGAUCUAGAAAGAGUGUUCCCCUAGCCAAAAGGAGGAAUCUAAUUAAGUGUGGAGAAGGGCAAAUAUGACCCAAUUUGGUGUUUAGAUUCUUUCUUUUCUGUUGUAAGUAUGAACCUGAAAUUUUAAUGCAUGUUCACAACUUAGACCUGAAAAAUGAAGAGCCAUUGGGCUUUGAACAAGUUCAAGUGGAUGUGUGUGACAAGCCUGAAGCAGAAAUAUAGGGAAGGUAUUAUUUGUGAACUCAGAGUUGCUCUGAGUGUCAUUUUUUUAGCAGAGUGCUCGGUAAGGAUUUAGUUUUCCUGGGACAGACAAGUGCCCCCAUUUGGACUGCACAUGGCAUAUUUGUGUAGUGUUAUGCCUCAUGCAGCAAACAGUGGGAUAUUAGAGAAAAAGCAUCUUUUGAAAACAAAGAAUUCUGAGGGUCCCUUUUAAAAAGCACGUGUUGAAGGUUCUUAAUGUUAGAAGCUGAAAACUUGUGGAAUUCCUAAUGGUAUUAUUAAGCACAGGCAGCCUGCUGGCCUGCCAAAGCAAUUAGUUAAGUGUGUGUCUCUUCAUUAAGUCAAAGAAGCGGAAGGAAAGAGAGCUGAUUUUUUGCCUCUAGCAAAACGUAUUUUUUUUUCACUGUUGUUUUAGCAGCACAUCAGCAUUUACAUAACAAAUUGUGUGAUAUAGAUUCUGUUGCCUCUUGUUAGGCUGUUGUCAAUUGGGCUAAUUUGGAAAUGGGGCUGUCUUUGCAAUGAGAAACAGCCAUCUGCUUUCUUACUAAGAAGAGGCCUUAGAUCUAACCCCCUGAUUUACUCCUGUAAAGCCUCUUAGAAGAAUAUUUCUAGAAUCCUAGAACAGGUAUGCACCUGAGUACAACACAUUUCACAAAUGACACUUAAAUCAGUUAUGUCAUCAAAGAGAGCUGUUUUGGGAAGUCAAGAGCAUAACUUAGAACAUUAUGCUGUAAAUAUCUUCAUCUAACUGUUGAAUUGCUGCAACUGUAUGAAUUGUAUUUGAUUUUGUUAAAACUAUUUAGGAAAUUGACUGAAAACAUGUCAAUCAUAAACCACUGUUUUUAAAUUGUGUACUUAAAAAGUUCUUUUUUUAACUCUAGAAGAAGAAAACAAAAGUAUAAACUUUUGUUAAAUCAAA